CGUUCUUUCAUAAUCUCUCUCUCUCUUUACUGCCCAGACAAUCAUUCAGUACAAAAGUAGCUGCCAACUAAAGCUAGAACAAAAGCAAAAAUAUGAAGAGUUGUUUACCAAAUGAACAAGUGAAGAAUACUGAAACAACCCAUUCCUCAAAUUCCUUGAGUAUGGAACUUCAUGAUCAACAUAAUGGUGAAAACAAAGAUACCCAUGUACAAGAAAAGGGUAAGGAAUCAAAAGAUUAUAAAAUUACCGAAGAAAAUGAUGAUCUACAGAAGGUUGUUGAAAAUGGUCAUGAUACUGAUACUGAAAUGUCUGUUCAAGAAAUUCGUGGAGAUGAGUUGAUACAUAAAGGUGGUGAAAGUAAAGGAAAUGGAUUAGUAUUAGUAGAUCCAUUGGUGGAGGAGAUGAUCAAUAGUAAAAGUUCAAAAGAACCAUUUGAGUUUCAUUCUCAACUUGAACUUGGUGACUUCCUCCUUGGAAAUACUACUGUUGUUCCCACAGUCACUACUGAUGAUGCUGCUGCUCAAAAUGUCCCCUCAUCUGGGACUAGCAAUGGCAGGGAUUUCAAUUACUAUCUACCAUUGUACCAAGCUGCACUUAAAGGUGAUUGGGGAAUUGCUGAAGAGUUUCUGAAAACUCAUCCAGACGCACUAAACGCAGUAAUUACAAGUAACCGGAGGACAGCAUUGCACGUUGCAGCUAGCGCAGGGCACUUGCGCUUCACGUUAAAAUUAGUAGCACGAAUGGACGUAGAGGCACUUGCAUUGCAAGAUUCUUAUAAUGGUGAUACGGCCCUUCAUUUCGCUGCUGUAGCAGGAAUUACUGAAGCGGCAAAGGCAAUGAUAACUAAGAAUAACAGCUUAACCCAGAUACAGAAUAAAAAUGGGUGGACAGCGCUCCUCCUAUGUGCUGCUUAUGUUGCUAAGGAACAAAAAGACAUGAUACAAUAUUUGUGCACUGAAACUAGAAAUGAAGAACCAAGUAUGCCAUUUUCUGGUUAUUUCGGUGCUCAGCUUUUGUGCAACAUAACAGCUGCUGGUUUACAUGAUGUAGCAUUGUACCUAGUGCAAAAAUAUCCAAAUUUAGCUACUGCACGAGAUCAAAGUGGUUGCACUGCGCUAAGUGUUUUGGCACAAAAAGCUUCUUCGUUUCCGAGUGGAAGCAAGUUGGGAUUUUGGGAAAGUUCCAUAUAUUCAAUGAUUCCGUUACAAGUUGACGACAAUCGUGUUAAUUGCUCCAAUGGAAUAAACAUGUACCGGAAUUAUCAUGUGGGAUCUGGAGACCUCUCCAACAGAGGAGCUUGGAUCAAAUUCCUCUCGUGGACUAACUUGAUUAAAGUCCCUGGAAUCAAACAAAUCUACCUCAAAAAAUUGGCACAUAUACAAGCCAUCGAACUAUUAAAAUGCAUUUGUGCCAAAAUCUCGCUCCUGAGUAACAAUGAUAUACUACAGUUCUUCUUGAACUCAAAUAUCUUGAGUACCGGUGCCAAGUUCGGAAUAGUUGAACUUGUAAUAGAAUGCAUCCAAACAUUUCCAGACCAAAUUUGGUUCAUUUUUGAUGGAAGAAGCAUAUUCCACAUAGCAGUUGAACAUCGAAAAGAAAAGAUAUUUAAUCUCAUGUAUGGGAUGAGUGCACAAAAGAAGAUUUUGGCUUCUUGGAGAGUUGAAUCUAACAAUAACAUCUUACACCUUGCUGCAAAGUUAGCUCCUUCUUCGCAACUACAUACCGUCUCCGGUGCUGCCUUACAAAUGCAGCGAGACCUUCAAUGGUUUAAGGAAGUGGAGAAGCUUGUACAACCUACAUACAAGGAGUUGGAAAAUCAAGAUAGGCGUACUCCUAGAGAUGUUUUUACGAGUGAGCACAGGGACUUAAUGGAAAAGGGUGAAAAGUGGAUGAAGGAUACGGCUCAAUCGUGCAUGGUGGUUGCUACUCUUAUUGCGACAGUGGUGUUUGCCGGAGCUUUUACGGUUCCUGGUGGUAAUAUAAGUGAUGCAGAUAAUGCAAAUAAUGGCAGCCCAAUCUUCUUACAUAAUAAUGCAUUCAUGUGGUUUGUCGUAUCAGAUGCAUUGGGCCUCUUUUCAUCCACAACAUCAGUUCUUAUGUUCUUAUCAAUCUUGACAUCACGUUAUGCAGAAGAAGACUUCUUAAGGUCAUUGCCGAAGAGAAUGAUAAUAGGUCUUGGAACUCUCUUCAUUUCUAUAGCUGCUAUGAUGAUAGCUUUUGCCGCAGCACUUUCUAUCGUACUUCAGCGUAAAUUGCAAUGGGCUUCAAUACCAAUAGCUCUAGUUGCUUGUCUUCCGGUCACUCUUUUCGCAUUAUUGCAGUUUCCUCUUCUUGUCGAAAUAUACUUGUCUACUUAUGGAGUCGGCAUCUUCCGUGCUGAUAGUAAGUAUAAGCUCGAUUAACUCAAGUAGUUCGCAUCGAGAUGACUGUAUUAAUUAUAAAGCUCAGUUUAUCAGAUUACUCAUAACGCAAAUGAUUAAAUAAAUAAAUAAAACAAUAAGUAUAAAAUGAAGUAGGAACAGAUUAGUUACGGCGUGCAAUCACCAGAUGUUGAAGGAGGAUAGCCAAAUAGAGAUAGGUUAUUCUUUUAUUUUUAUUUUAAACCUCUUUUAUAAGAAGAGAUUUGCUUACCUACAACCCAGGUAGCUAGGCACAAAAAGGAAAAUCCUCUCCACCAUGAUAUAAUUGGAAAUAGGGAUAAAUUCCAUGCUUUACUCUUCUUUAUUAUUGAUGUAAUAUGAUAAAUUAAGCUAAGAGCUCUCUUAAAUAUAAGUUAGGUUAUAAUCUGA